GGGCGUGCCCGAACUUCCUGUUUGAAGAGUUGUGUCAGCCAGGCAGCUGCGGUAGCUUGUAGUUAGCUAAAGGAGGCGAAAUUGGCUGGCUAACUGGCCUACACUCCUGGACAACAAGCGACCCACUUUCACCGCUGAAGACUCCACCACACGGCGAGGUCAUGUCGGAUUUCUCGCUAACAGAUGCUUUGGGAGACAGUACCCCAAGCCAGGCCAAACAACAAGGCAACACCAAUCCGUUGGCACCGGCAAACAACCCUCCGCCUCCUUCCAACCCCGGAUGGCCCUCGUCAGCCCCUGGAGCUCCCACCCAGCCCUCGGCCCCCUCCGGUUUCCCCGGCGGCACCGGCCCCGGCGCGCCGGGCCAGUUCCCCUUCCCCUCUGGCCCCGGGGCACCGGGCCACUACCCGGGGCCCCCUUCGGCGCCAGGUGGAUUCCCAUCGGGUCCCGGCAUGCCUGGACAAUACCCUCCGGCGCCAGGGGCUCCGGGGCAGUACCCCGCCAGCCCCGGGGCACCCGGCCAGUUCCCGGGGCACUACCCACCUGAAGGAGCACCCGGUCAAUUACCCGGUGGGCCCGUUCCAUACCCAGCUGGACCUUUCCCCUCCGGUCCCGGCGCUCCUCCCGGGUCUUAUCCCAACAUGCCUCUCCCGGGUAACUACCCAGCAGGGGGUAACGGCAUGUACGGCCCAGGGGGUCCGGGCGGUUUCCCCCCUUCCGCCGGCCCUGGCGGUUUCCCCCCUUCCGCCGGCCCUGGCGGUUUCCCCCCUUCCGCCGGCCCAGGGGGUUUCCCUGCGUUCCCCCCCGGUGGAGGCUUUCCCCCAAUUCCCACUGGCUCUUGGGGCCACGGAGGCGGAGGUUUCCCGCCGGCAACUGGCCCCUUCGGUCCAGGUCCCGGCCCCAUGGGCCCUUACAACAACCCUGCUGCUCCAGGAGGCAUGCUGAUGGUGCCGUACGAUCUCCCGCUCCACGCCGGACUGAUGCCGCGUCUCGUCAUCACCAUCGUCGGCGAGCCGGUCCCGGGAGCGAGCAGAUUCCACGUGGACUUCAUGAAGGGUUCCGACGUGGUCUUUCACUUCAACCCUCGCUUCCACGAGCAGACCAUCGUCAGAAACUCCAGCAUCGGAGGCUGUUGGGGGCCGGAGGAAAGGGACGGAGUUUUCCCUUUUGUUCAAGGCCAGCGCUUUGAGCUGAAGAUCCUGGUGGACGAGGACGUGUUCAAGGUGGCCGUGGACGGAAACCACCUGCUGGAGUACGAGCACCGCGUGGGCGGCCUGGAAGACGUCAACUUGCUGCGGGUGACGGGCGACGUGGCGCUCUACAGCGUGGCGCCCAACAUGAUCUGAAUACCACUCGCUGGAAAGACAAACUCAAGUUGAAAGAAAAAAAGCCCUGAGAAAUAAUGCGCGCAUCGCACGCCUCUGGAAUUUGACACACACACACACACACACAUUUAGCAGCAGGUCAUCUUUACCCAUUCGGUAUUUUUUUGGAGAUAUCAUUUAUCUCAAUAGAUGGCAUGAAAAUAACGCUUUGCUAUGUACUAACGUUAGAACUGCGCUCGAAACAUAGUAUGUAAGAAGAAAAGAAAAACAUGAAUGGACCUUUUCACCAUCAUGCAUUGCUACUAGUUAACGUAGUGGUGGAAAAAGGCGAAAUGGGUCAAAUGUUGGAUUGUGAAUGAAGUCACCUGGAGCCCGAAAUAUGGUGAAAAGCUCCAUUUCAUGCGUCCCGGAACAUUUCACGUUUCUAUCGAGUUCCAAUGCAAAAAAUGUGCAGAGUUAAUAAAUGCAGAUUUUGACGUAUGCCGUGAAA